AUGUCUCAAAAAAAGCCUCGAAGCCCUUAUUACAAAAUAAAAGCGAGCGAAUUGGAUCCAACGCCGACUUUCCAAUCGCGUCAAACCGUCAACGAUGUCGUAAAAUUCAACAUGCAAACGAUCGGAAGGCAAUUUUACUACCAGCGGAUUGUUCUUAUCACGCAGCAUAAUAACACGAGUGCCCCUUUUUUGAAAGAUGUCUUCGCCAAACCCAUCAAUAAAAGCAAAUGCACUGCCGGGGAGGAAAAAAUGACGGGACUUUUCAUCCUUUUUGACUCUUAUACGGUCCAAAUUCUCGAAGGACCCGAGGAAAUGCUGAAUUUGUACUUUCAGGAACUCGCCGGGCUUGAGCCAAAAGUCGUUCGGAGGUCCCGGAUCGUCCUGAAUUACACAAAUAUCAAUCAGAGGUUCUUUCGAAGGAUAAUUUGGCGCAUUGCCGAGUUCCCAAGUAACUUUUAUCGCUGCCCCGAAGGAGUUGCGGACAAAAAAUUCCAUCAAUGUCAGACGUUGAUUGAACGAGUUUAUGAGUUAAGCAGCAAAAUUCGCGAAGAAGAGCUCGACGACAGUGCCGGAUUCAAAUCUUCAUAUCUUUCGACGGAUUACAAAAAUUUUACGCCAGACAUUACGCUGCUGGAUGCCGUCUUGGCGAUGAAUGAGUUGCAAUCUAUCACGGAUUAUAGCAACGUGAUUAGUCAAAUUCCCGCCUUUUACGGAUUUUCGGAACAAGUUUGGCCCAUUCCGGAUGACUUGACGCCAAAUAACGUUUUUGACUGGAACGAAUACGACAUUAACUUAAAUUUUUGGCAGAAAUAA